AUGUUGUUGCCAAAACGGUUGCAGGGUGAGAGGUUUGUUACGAGGCGCGACGAGUUGAAGAAGAGAGUGAAAGAUAUGCUGAAGAAUGAAGAGAUGAAAGAAUUGGAGAAAAUGGAGAUGAUUGAUGAACUGCAGAGGCUUGGUUGUUCUUACCAUUUUGAGGAUGAAAUCAAGGCAGCUUUGAUGGACAUCUAUAUGAAGAAUAGUAAUACUUACAUGUCAUCAUCAGAGGAGAAAGACUUGUAUGCCACAGCUCUUGAGUUUAGGUUGCUCAGACAAAAUGGCUAUAACAUCUCUCAAGAUAUAUUUGAUUGUUUUAUGGAUGGAGACCGGUCUGGUUUUAAUGCCAUCUUCUGCGAAGAUAUCAAGGGAUUGCUGAACUUAUAUGAAGCAUCUUUCCUAUCCCUAGAAGGUGAAACAACCUUGGAAUUAGCUAAAAUUUUCUCUACCAAACAUCUCAAACGGGUCGCCCACGAGAAAAAUCUCAACAAUUUGGAACUUUUAGCAUCAGUACAACGUGCGCUGGAGCUCCCAUUACAUUGGAGGAUGCCGAGGUCGGAAGCAAGAUGUUUCAUUGAUUCAUAUGACAAAGGAAAAAGGAAUCCAAUCCUUUUGGAGUUGGCUAAACUAGACUUCAACAUGGUUCAAGCUGUGCAUCAGGAGGACUUGAGAUUUGUGUCGAGGUGGUGGGAGAAUUCUUAUAUUACAGAAAGGUUAACAUUCGUGAGAGAUAGUAUGGUGGAGAAUUUCUUUUGGGCAAUAGCUACCAACUCCAACCCUAAGUUUUCAAACUGGAGAAGAACAAAGGCAAAACUCAAUUGUUUAAUUUGCACAAUUGAUGAUAUAUAUGAUGUUUAUGGAACUCUUGAUGAAUUGCACCUCUUCACUGAUGUCAUUGAAAGAUGGGAUGAUGUAACAGAAAUAGAUCACCUCCCAAAGUACAUGAGAUUCUGCUAUCUGGCACUCCACAACUUCAUAAACGAAGUAGCAUAUGAUGUUCUUAAAGAACAUGACAUCUUUAUCCUACAUUAUCUCAGAAAAUGGUGGAAGGAUCUAUUGAAAGCAUACUUACAAGAGGCAAAGUGGUACCACAGUGGAUACACCCCAACCUUUGAAGAAUACAUUGAAAAUGCAUGGAUUUCAUCAAGCUGUCCUCUAAUAUUAAUGCAUGCUUUUCUCCUUGUGAACCACCCUCAUAUGGAGGAGGCUGCUGCCCAGAAUUGCUUGACAGAAUAUCAUGAAAUAAUCCGUCUGUCUUCGAUGAUCGUUCGCCUCACAGACGAUAAAGGAACCUCACCUUAUGAGAUGAAACGGGGCGAUGUACCAAAAGCGAUACAAUGUUACAUGAACGAGGCUAAGGUCUCUAUCGACGAGGCUCGUGAUUUCGUCGAUUUUCAGAUCAAUGAGACAUGGAAGAAAAUGAAUAAAGCUCGAGUUGAAGAUUGCCCUUUCUCUGAAACAUUCAUUGAAGUUGCAAUGAAUCUUGCCAGAGUGUCUCAUUGCAUGUAUCAACAUGGAGAUGGCCAUGGGACCAAGAACUUGGAGACUCAAACCCUCAUCCAGGCUACAUUGUUCGAGCCAAUUAUAAGAAAUAAGUUUUAA